AUGAGGAGCCAUGAGGAGCCUCGAGGAGCCAUGCCUGACCACUUGGCCCUCUGGGAUUCUCCCAGCACACUAGCCCUGGAGAAAACCGAGACCGAGGCCCUGGGCGCCUGUGGAGCGCCAGAACCACUGAACUCCUCCCCGAUGAGGAAACAAGGCCACUUCUGCUGCUGGGAAUCUCCGUCCCGAGUAAAUGAUCCCAGGACCCAGGCGGCAGCCAAAAAUCUCCCGUUUGAAAAGCAAACGAAGCUUAUAAUCUCAGCACAUCGCGUGCGAGCAGGCAGCGUGGGGGUUGAGGAGGGGGCCGCGGGGCCGUGCCCACCAGCCGGGGCGGACCGCUACACUCCCGGCCCUGUCCUGCCAUCAACACGCCUCUCCGCACCGAGGCCAGGUGAAGAUGCCCACCCCCAAACCACACACAUGCCCACCGUCAUCAUCCUGGGAUGGGAAAGCCAGGAUUGCCGACUGUUCACUUACCUCACUUCUUGUUUCUCUUUCGCUCGUCGCCUCGAUCCAUCCGGUUCCCUCCACACUGACCCUGAGACAUCUCUCCAAGCCACCUUCCCGCGGACGGUCUCUCGAAUGGACGGGUCUCACAAUCUGCUCGUCCUCAUCCUGGUCUUCGUCGCCCUGAUGGUGGUCACCCCUGGGGAGCCAAGGGAACGUGGCAAGGGGGCGAAGGGCAAGAGGAAGGGGGUUUCCAGGCCCAAGGCCUUGUCCCCGGAAAAUCACAGACCGUCGCUCGACCUGGUCCAGAGGAUGAACCUGGCAGGGGAGAGGACCUACGCCCUGCCGGAAGACUACGACCGGAGCAUUCAGGAGAUGGUGACGCAGCUGAGGAACGGCUCCGACCUCGCCAGGAACAAAUGCGAAGUCAACUUGCAGCUGUGGCUGUCCAACAAGCGCAGCCUGUCCCCUUGGGCCUACAGCAUAAACCACGACCCCGGCCGCAUCCCCGCGGACCUUCCCGAGGCCCGCUGCCUGUGCCACGGCUGCAUCAACCCCUUCACCCGGCAGGAAGACCGCUCCAUGGUGAGCGUCCCCAUCUACAGCAAGAUUCCCGUCCGGCGUCGGCUCUGCCAGGCCCCUCGGGGGGCAGGGGCGGCCCCGGCUCAGGCCCAGAGGAAGCGGCCCCGGCCCUGUCGCAGGGAACUCCAGACCGUCAUGGAGACCGUCGCCGUGGGCUGCACCUGCAUCUUCUGA